GAGAUGAUGGAGCUGCAGGCCGGCUGGGGCGGAGGGGCCUCAGGACCCGCCCACAGCCUUCGCAGGAACUGGCUGACGCCCACCGCCUUCGCAAUGAUUGGCCGCUGGAGGUAGGCGGGAUUUCCGGGCACGGCUUCUGGCGUCCUUCCUUCUCAGUGUAGCUGCCGCUGUCCUUCCCGCAGUUGGCCCUGUGGUGUUCCGAAGCCGGUUCCGUACGGCCUGAGGGCCAGGCGAACCUCAGGCUCUUUGUCCUACUAAAAAGCGCAGCACAAUGGUAGAAGCAGAUCAUCCUGGCAAGCUUUUCAUUGGUGGCCUCAAUAGAGAAACCAAUGAGAAGACGCUUAAAGCAGUAUUUGGGAAACAUGGUCCCAUAUCAGAAGUUCUUUUGAUAAAGGAUCGAACCAGCAAAUCCAGAGGCUUUGCAUUUAUUACUUUUGAGAACCCUGCAGAUGCUAAGAAUGCUGCCAAAGAUAUGAAUGGAAAGUCUUUGGAUGGAAAAGCAAUAAAAGUAGAACAAGCCAAGAAACCAUCUUUUCAAAGUGAUGGUAGGCGGAGACCACCAGCUUCUUCGAGAAACAGAAGCCCUUCAGAAAGUCUGAGAUCUGCAAGAGGAAGCAGUGGAGGAACAAGAGGGUGGCUUCCCUCACAUGAAGGACACCUGGAUGAUGGUGAAUACACUCCUGAUCUCAACAUGAGUUAUUCUAGGGGACUCACUCCAGUUAAAAGAGGUCCAUCUUCAAGAAGUGGAGGUCCUCCUCCGAAAAAAUCUGCUCCUUCUGCUGUGGCAAGAAGCAGUAGUUGGAUGGGAAGCCAAGGUCCCAUGUCACAAAGAAGAGAGAAUUAUGGAGUUCCUCCACGCAGAGGGACAAUAUCUUCCUGGAGAAAUGAUCGCAUGUCACCAAGAUAUGAUGGUUAUGCAACUAAUGAUGGAAAUCAUCCAAGUUGCCAAGAAACGAGGGAUUAUGCUCCACCAUCUAGAGGCUAUGCAUACCGUGAUAAUGUUCAUUCUAAUCGGGAUGAACAUUCCUCUAGAGGAUAUAGAAAUCAUCGAAGUUCCCGAGAAACUAGGGAUUAUGCUCCACCAUCUAGAGGCCAUGCAUACCGUGAUUGUGGUCAUUCUCGUCGGCAUGAAACUUAUUCCAGAGGAUAUAGAAAUCAUCGAAGUUCCCAAGAAACUAGGGAUUAUCCUCCACCAUCUAGAGGCCAUGCUUACCAUGAUUAUGGUCAUUCUCGUCGGCAUGAAAGUUAUUCUAGAGGAUAUAGAAAUAGUCCAAGUUCCCGAGAAACCAGGGAUUAUACUCCACCACCUAGAGACUAUGCAUACCGUGAUUAUGGUCAUUCUAGUUGGGAUGAACAUUCCUCUAGAGGAUAUAGUUAUCACGAUGGCUACGGUGAGGCCCUUGGUAGAGAUCAUUCUGAACAUCUACGUGGAAGUUCUUAUAGAGAUGCAUUUCAGGGAUACGGGACCUCUCAUGAUGCACCACCUGCACGAGGGCCUCGGAUGUCUUAUGGUGGAAGCACCUGCCAUGCAUAUAGUAAUACACGAGAUAGAUAUGGCAGAAGUUGGGAGAGUUACUCAAGGAGCUGUGGUGAUUUUCCUUAUUGUGAUCGUGAGCAUGUUUGCAGAAAAGACCAAAGGAAUCCGCCUUCUCUGGGUAGGGUGCUCCCUGAUCCUCGUGAAGCAUAUGGUAGCUCAAGUUAUGUGGCAUCUAUAGUAGAUGGUGGGGAGAGUCGAUCUGAAAAAGGAGACUCGAGCAGAUAUUAAAGCAAGCAUUCAAAAUAAUAGUUAUUGCAUACCAAACCUUGUUUGCAAAUCAAAAAUUGAAAUGUUAUUUCUGCAUCGUUACCUGCAUAUUACUGACAGAAACAUGUUGGUUUUGUGGAGAGAGGUAGAUACUGACUUCCUCCAUGAAUUUUUUGAGGUAUUCAAAGGAAAAGGAAUUGUUUUCAAAGUAAUUUCAUACUUGUUGAUGCUAUUUGAAAAGUGUUUAGAUGUAAUAUCUACCUUAAAUUUUUCACAAUAAAAUUUUACAUGUACUGCAAGAUGCCUGGUGUUAUUGGUUAGCCGCACAUGCUUAAAACAAAUUCAAUAGGAGAGUAAAUUGUGUAGUUUGUUGUACGUUUUCCUUUGUUUCUUUGAACACAGAUGCAAAAUUAGGGAUGUGUUACGUCGCCCUUGCAAGCUGCUCAAGUUUUCUAAUUAGGCUGUUUCUCUUUAAAAACUAACAAGGUUAAAAUGUUGGAGAAGUCUUCAGAAAGACUACAAAACUGUCUGCCUCACCAUAAAAUGUUUAUUUUUUAGAGGAAUAGUACAGGUCAAAGGAAAUAAUUAGAUGUAUUGAUACUAAAGUUUAAGACAUCCAGAACAUUCUGUGUGAAGCAUUCUGUGACUGAAGAGGAUAACGGUAAUGAAAACUUUUUUUUUCACCUAAAUCAGAAGUGAACCAGCUAAGUUUCUCAGGUGCAUACCAUAAUGAAUUUAAAUGUUCGUAGUUUAAAUAGUGGAAAGUAAGUGUUUUGUCUUGUGAGGUACCCACGUUAAUUUUUUCUUGAAUAUUUUGCCAAUGGAUGUUGCAAAUAAUGGUGUAGUAAUAUGUUCUUACAGAUAGGAAUAAUCUAGAGUGGUUGGGAUAGUAUCACAUUUUUUUGAGAUGAAGUGUAGCUUUGUCACCGAAGCUGGGGUGCAGUGGCUCUGUCUUGGCUUAUGGCAACCACUGCCUUCUGGGUCCAAGCUAUUCUCCUGCCUCAGCAUCCUGAGUAACUGGUAUUAGAUAUGUGUGCAGCACAGCUGGGCCAAUUUUUGUAUUUUUAGUGCAGACAGCGUUUCACCUUGUUUGCCAGGCUGUUCUUAAAAUCCUGAUCCACCCUCCUCAGACUCCCGAAGUGCUAAGAUCAUAGGCAUGUGCCUCCACUGUCAGCCUAUCGUAUUUAAUUGAUAAUACGAAUGGAAACACUUUAAACCUCAUACUUAGAGGAAAGUGAAGUGUAUAAAACAUAAACAACAGCAUAAAGUUUCCGAUGGGAUUGCUUAAAGUUUUAAGACAUCAUUGAAUGAUAAAAAUAUUUAGACCGAAAUAACUAAAUGAAUUAAUUUUCCUGAUUAUACAAACUAAAGAAAUGAAAUACAUCAAGUUCCAGAAGUUUUGCAGUCCAUAAUUCUUACAAUUGACAGACUAAUCUGCAAGGAGGAAGUAUGUUCUUGAAAAAUUUUGACACAAUCAUCAAUUUUUAUAGGGUAAGUUUACAAAUAAUUUUAAAGGGAGAAGUUACCAACUUUGAUUUUCAAGUGAGUUAUUCGUGUUAUGAAGUGUUUUCAUUCACCUGUAGCAUUGUGAGGAUGAAGUGAAAAGAUAAAUCCCCCGAGUCUUGUGUAUCUUACUGUCCAUGGGUGAUGGCUCAGGUCUCUAAUUCUAACACUUGGGGAGGCCGAGGCUUGCAGAGCACUUUAGGACAGGAGUUGAAGACCAGGCUGGCCAACACCAUGAAACCCCAUCUCUACC